AUGGCCGAAGGGGAAGAUGGCAAUGGGACAUCAUCUACAGCUUUUGUGCUGCUGGGAAUACAUGAUGUCCCCACGCUCCAGAAACCACUCUUUCUCCUCUUGCUUAUGAUCUACUCAGUCACCAUGGUUGGGAACAUCCUCGUAAUCGUGCUGGUGGUGGCAGACCAGCAUCUGCACACCCCCAUGUACUUCUUCCUGGGCAAUCUGUCCUCUUUGGAGGCCUGCUACAGCUCCACCAUCCUGCCACGGCUGCUGGCCAGCUUUGUGACGGGGGACAGCAGCAUCUCUGCACGUGGCUGCAUGGCUCAGUUCUACUUCUUUGCUUCCUUUGCGACUACUGAGUGUUACCUGCUGGCAGCCAUGUCCUACGAUCGGUCCCUGGCCAUAUGCCAGCCUUUGCUCUAUGCAAGCCUCAUGACCUGGAAGGUCUCUUUACGCCUGGCAGUUGCAUCUUGGCUGUGGGGUUCACUGCUGCUGGUGGUUGUCACAAUCUUCUUAUCCCAGUUGCAGUUCUGUGGCCCCAAGGCAAUUGACCACUUCUUCUGUGAUUUCACCCCAUUGCUGGAGCUUGCCUGCAGUGACACCAGAGCAGUCACAAUUGUUUCUUUCAUCUUUGGUAUCUUGGAUGCAGUUUUUCCCUUCCUGUUCACACUGGUCUCCUAUGUGUGCAUCAUAGCUGCCGUCCUGAGGAUCCCAUCCAGCACAGGCAGGCAGAAGGCCUUCUCCACCUGCUCCUCUCAUCUCACUCUUGUCACCAUUUUCUAUGGCACCAUCAUCCUUGUCUACAUGCUGCCUAGAAGAGCCUCACUGAGGCAGCUCAACAAAGUGUUCUCCUUUUUCUACACCAUCCUCACGCCCCUAGUCAAUCCCCUCAUCUACAGCCUGCGGAACAGGGACGUCAAGGAGGCCUGCAGGAAAAUGUUCAGGAGAGCCAUGACCUGCACCCACAGCUACCUUGGAGAAGCUUCUUCCUCCCCUAAUAACAUGGAGAAAACAUCUGCCACACAGAAUAAGGUGGUGGAGGUGCCAUUCUGUGUAUCCGCCACUGAUUGGCUCUUGGAGGAGAAGGAAAAAGUGUAA